GCCAGCAGGAGCGCGCACGUAACACGUUGCGCUGUGCACGGAAGUGGCCUGCAAGAGCGUGUGCGGAAGGUGGCCGCUGUUUGUGUUCUGGGGCGUCGAGGAGGUUUCUUCAUGGCGUUGGAUUCAAAAGUGGAUUAAGUGGCCGAAAGCGUUUCCGAAACACAGGGCCGCUGGCGGACGUUUCUUCGACCACCGGAUUUAUCGUCUCGCAAAAGAGUGUUCCCUGGUCUUUCAAGCGCGGUGCCCCAACCUAUGAGGAUUUGCGCCUGAGGGCCAAAAUCGGAGGAGGAAGCCAGCAGCAGCAGCAGGAUGCCUCGCAGGACCGCGCGAACCGCCGCCGCAAAGCAGGACGCCGAGGCGCCGGCAGCCGAGGACGGCAAGUCGGACGAGACCCCCGCCGCUACGGAAGGGGCCCCACGGCGAUCUAGCCGACGUGCGGCUGCACGGCCGGCCGAAUAUGUAGCCACCGGAGGGCGCACACGUCGCAGCUCCACGGCUGCCCAGACGGCAGCGUCUACGGCAGAGGGCCACCGGAGCUCACCAGUUGAGUCGCCUGCCACACGUGUCAAGAGUGCCCGCCGUACGUCGGGGCCGGUGAACUACGAGGAGAGUGAUGGCGCGGAGGGUGAGGAAGAGGACGAGUACCGCGCGGAGGAGGAGAGCGAGAACGAGUCCAACUCUGGGGACGGCACCCGUAAGCAGCGCUCUGGUGGCGGCCGCGGAGCAGCAGCAGGAGGACGGGGCGCGGGACGGCCGGCACGGGGCCAGGCUGCACCUGCCUCGGGCCGCAGGGGUCGGCGGGCUGCCAAGAAGGACGAAGACGAGGAGGAGGAGGAGGAAGAAGUGACGCCACGGCGGAGAGGCCGCAAGCCGGCAGCCGAGCUGCGCAAGGCACCCGCCGCCGAGGAGCGCCCCAAGCGCAGCGCCCGGAGCACACGGGGCAGCCGUGCCUCGGCAACGGCCGCCGAGGAGGAGGAGGAAGAAGAGGAGGAGAAGACGCCUGCCCCCAGCAGACGGAGGGGGGCCAAGCGGGGUGCCCAGCAGUCUGAGCCGGAGUCCAAACGGCGCAAGACCCAGAAGGGAGCCGACAAGAAGGAAGAUGAGGAGGAGGAUGAGGAGGGGGAGCAGGAGGAAGAGCCUAUGGAGACAGCUGAAGAGGAGAAGGCUGAAAAGAAGCCAGCCUCUGAGGCAGAGAAGGAAGAAGACGGAGCUGCUGAGCCAAUGGAGCAAGGCGAGGAGGCGGAGGAGUCGGAUAAAAAGGAGGCCAAGCCACCUGCUGCCGUGGCGACCAAGUCGCAGGAUGGCGCAAAGCCGACAGAAAAAGAAAAGGAAACUGCAUCCAGCAGUCCUGAAAAGAAGAGCUCUGACAAAGCCGCCGCUGAGGCACGUAGCCCCGAAAAGGCAGUGUCUGAAAAGCCAUCUCCCGAGAAACAGAGUCCAGAAAAACCAGUCACGGAAAAGCCAAGCGUUGAAAAGGCAAGUCCAGAAAAGGUCACCUCUGUAAAGCCGAGUCCUGAAAAGGUGAGCGCCGAAAAGCCGACUCAGCCAAGUCCGGGAAAGCCAGCUGUGGAGAAGGCGAGUCCCGAGAAGGCAAGCACCGAAAAGCCUGCGGCUGCAGUGCCCAGUCCCGUAAAGCCAAGCCCUGAAAAGCCUGCGGCUGCAGUGCCCGAUCCCGCAAAGCCAAGCGUUGAAAAGCCGAGUGCUGAAAGGCCAAGCGUUGAAAAACCAAGUUCCGAGAAGCCAAGUGCUGCAAAGCCUAGCACCGAGAGAUCAAGUGGCGAGAGACCAAGUGCUGAGAAACCAAGCCCCGAGAAGGCAAGCGUCCAAAAGUCAACUCCAGAAAAGUCUGGCCCCGAGAACCUGAGCCCCGUAAAGGCAGCGACCCCUGUGAAGCCAGAUGCCGAGAAGCCGAGCCCCGUCAGGUCGGUGCCCGACAGGGCCCCUCUUCCAAAACCGAGUCCUGAAAAGCCGAGCUUCGAGAAACCCAGCCCCGAAAAGCAGCCGAGCAACGAGAACAAGCCGAGCGCCACAAAUUUGAGCAACGUCAGUGCGGCAGGUCCCGAGAAGGCGGCCCCUGCAAGGCUGGCAUCCAGCCCGGAGAAACCAAGUAGUGCGCCAGUGAGAAGUUCGGACGUAACGAUGACACCCGUGGACGCAGCGAAGCCUGCCGUGGUGGCCCCUUCGCCGUCCGUGACGGCUCCUCCACCCCAGACUCCUCCUGCGCCAAAGCCAACGCAUCCUCUCCCCCCGGUUCCUGCACCGGCCGUCGCAAUGCCCACAUUGGGACUAGCUGUGCCUAGAGAGAACGGGGAUGUGGGAUCGCAGCGCGGGGUGUUUUCGGUGUCUUGGCUGGACCUAAUGGUGGAGCCAAAUGUGGAGCGCGCCCUGCGUGCAGCGCAGGACGUGGACGUCCUAGCCUUGCAGGGAGUGGAAGCAGUCCACUGGGGACCCUUGGUGGCCCAGCUGCCCGAGGGAUGUGAGCUGCUGCGGGGCACCGGGCUGGCGCUGGUGGUGCGGCGGUCGGCAUUCCGAGUGCUCGGCCACAGCAGCCACACCUUGCAGAGUCUGGUCGCCAAGGAUCUGGAGUCCCUGGAUGAAGCAGACCGGGAAGCAGUCCAGAACCAUUUGAGGCUGACGCCCGAUGGCCACCUGCUCACGGUACGCCUGCAACCGCUGCUUAGUGGCCAGUCACCGGUGGGCGACCAGCGACAACUUGUGGUGGCCAACGCGGCACUCAGCCCUGCAUCUCCGAGCAUAAAUGCACUGCAGGUGUGCUGUGUGGCACGCGAGCUGUGUCGUGAGGUGGGUGGAGGCACCCCGGCCGGUCGUAUGCUGGUAGGGCGACUGCAGCUGAUGGCUGGCAGUCCAGCAUACCAGCUCCUGCGGGACGGCUACCUGGACGACGACAUGAUUGAGGAGCUGCAACGGCACCGCAAUGUGGCCUUGCCCGGACGCGAGAAUGCUGCCCUUGUGAACCUGCUGUGGAAAGCCUUCCAGCACCCGUCCUCGAGUUUACGCAGCUGCUAUGCUGCCAAGGCGGAGGAAGGCGUUCCUGCCCAAUGCCCCGCCAACUCGCCGGCCUGGUUCAGCUCGGAGAACCUGCGGCUGCAGCAGCCCCUCACCGAGGGCAGUCACCUUGCCCGGCUGGCCUUCUGCAGCCCAUGAACAGCACAGGGGAAGAGACCCCCCCACAUUUCUCUUCUUUUUUUUUAAUCUCCCUAGCGUCAUCCGUGGUUGGACUAUUUCUUGUAGAGAUGGUGGUGCCCCUCUUUCAAGCCCCUUCCUCCUCUGGACUCUCACUCCUCCUCCUCAUCUGCAGCAGCACAUGCUCUUCUUCUUCCCCUCGCUCUUUGCCUCUAAAGCGCAGUUAACCCACCCCCACUUUUGUUGCGACCCCACAGUCUUCUACACUGCGGCAGGUUGGCAUCUCGUUUUCGUCUGUUUGUCGUUGCCAAGGGUCGUCACUGCUUUGGUGCUUGGAAGGCCACAUGUCUAGGCACUGCUCUUCAGCCAUCUUUAAAGACCGACCACAAGAGUGCGGUGCUGCUCUAUCCUUGGAAGCUGUUAAUUCAAAGCAUGAAAUGCGGACUCGUGACUGAGAGGGUGAAGGGGCUAUCUGUUUACUCGAGCAGCGGGGCUCUGCGCGUGUAGGAUGUGCAGAUGGAUGAAUCCUGUCCUUGCAAUUGCCUGCUUUUGGCACAGUUAAGAGUCACUUGGAGCCUGUGGUUCUGGUAGACCAGCCUAACUGUACGGCUUUGCCAGUGAUAGUGGACGUGUCUGUCUCGGAGAGUGGCUUUUUAAGUUAACCACGUAACCGCAUCAACAACUGAUGCAUUGUGAAGGCAAAAACACAUUUUGAAAUGCAGAGAUCAUAAGCUGGUAGCAGCACGUGCUUGUCGGGCACCUCUAUAGCAUAAAUGGUGCAUGGGAAAGAUUUGCCACACUCGGCCCGUUGGCAACGUCUGAACAGGGGAACCGAAUCCUACCAGUGGUGGAAGCUUUUCUAGGUGAUGUAGCGCAUUAGCUGCUUGCUCGAGACGGAGCAGACUUGGAAUGAUGAUGUGGAAGGCGGCAGCCUGGCUCCACUCGUGCAAUAGCGUGGAGCAUCUUGUGUCCGCCAUGCGGGCAGGGUGGCGACGUCGGCCUAGAGAGACUCGCGGGCACCAGGCUAAAGUCCAUGAGAGGCUGUGCUUUGAUUUUGUGAAGCGUCGACCCAGAUAGUGGCUGUGGGUCCGAACCUUGGGCUCACUUAUUGUUAUGCCCGUCAGGCCGGGCUCGCGGGGAGGUGUUCCAGCCGUCUCCACAAUUUUUUCUGUUUACGUUGUGUGUUUUCUUUUUUGUUAGCGAAACACCUUUGUGCACGUUGCUGAUUUCCAUAUUCACCAUGUUACUUUUUUUUGUCUUCUCAUGUUGCAGGCCUGAUUCUUCAUUGCUUUGAGUGAAGUGCUCACUAUUACCAAUGCAUUUUUUUCUAGAUGAUGUGUUACAUGAACCUUCCUUUGUAUGAUGCUCGUUUCUUGGCACUUUGGAUCAUUUUCUUCUGGCUUGCAUAUUUUAAUGUAGCUGUUGUUCACUUCAGCUUUCAAGCGUUGUUUAUUAUUAUUUUGUGGUUUCCUCUGUGAAUGUGGGGCGUGCAAAGGAAUCAAUCAAAAUUCGCAGUUGUUUGUUUAGACUUUGCAUCAGUACUUCUAGUCGAGCCAUCGCCGGUUGCGUCAUUGCCUUCGUUCAUUAAGGUAGGCAGGGGCGCAGUGAUUCAUGGAAUUGCAUUUCAAAGGGAUUUUGCGCUUGGGCUUUUGAAUUGUUGGGGUAAUCAUGGUUUUGUUAAAUUUCAUUCUCAUGUCUGAGGUUUGUCGCACACAAUUCACGAAAAAUAAUUGUGCUUAAUAAUUGUUCUCGGCCAGUGUCCUGCCAUGCGAAGGAUACCUGUGCAAAAUUAUGCUUGAAACAAGGAGUUUUUGUGAAUGGGAAAAGAGAGAAAAGCAUUCACAUGGCUGCACUUGGCAGUGAUUUUAGUUAGGGCAUGCAAUUUAAUUGUGAGUGCAGUGUCUUGUCAUGUGCUGUUUUCGUUUGAAUAGUGUACGCAUCAUUCAUUGUUUGCACGUGAGGAGAGCUGCAAAUGGCUGUAAAGGCGUGAUGGUUUGACAAUGUCCCUGAUGCUGUCUUAAAAGGUUUGAGCAAAUAGCUGCAAUUGACGUAGAUACUAUUUAUGUAAAAGCUUUUCACUGGGCAGUUUUUCAUUUCUUCUUCCUUAUUUUUGUACUGAUUGUAUGCAAAGUUUUAUUAGAAGUACAACGUUGAGUUUCAUAAGCAGCGUGUAUCUGUCAAAAAAAAAAGUAUGGUGCGUGCUGCUGAUAACUUUUUUAGGCAAGCCAUGCGGCAGAUUUUAUGCUUUGUUUUCGUAAAGUACAAACCUGGCACCUACUACGCGCAUUAUGUCACGAAUGACUCGACCAUCCGAAAAUUUCAUCUUUUACGGUGUGUGUGUGUGUGUGUGGUGUGUGCGUGUGGCGUGCGUGUUCCAUGCUCCUGGGAACCAGUAGUCCUCACGGUGACGUGUUUUUAAAAGAGAGGGCAAAUUGUGGCCUGCCUCCUUCCUCCCCGAUCACUGCAUCCAUUCAGUUUUGUGGCUACCGACCCCCCCAACCUAUCUGGCUCCGAGGUGUGCGCAGUGGUUUGCGUCGACCCUUCCUCGAGCUGUGCUUUACUUCGAAAAGAAUCGUCGCAUCAACUUGACAUCACUGAGCCGCGCUUCUGCCCUAAAGGACGAAACGUCCUCUGGGGUAGUGCCGCGGGUGUGUGGCGGAUUGCAUCGCCUCCCCGGUGUUUUUGCACUUGGUGCAGCCUCCAGGUGCAACGGCUAGGUGCAACCCUGGCACUUCUCGGCCACCUGCGUGGCAUUGACCUUCCACCUUUUUCCUUUGUGUGUACCGCCUGCUGUACGGAAAUAAAUGUGGCAGUUGUAUACAAACA